AGGUGGAUAACGGAAUAAUAUGUCAAUAAUAAAUAGUUAUAGUUGCUAAAUUUUCACUUUCAUUUGAAGUGGUUUAUUAAUAUUUUCUUUUGGUUUUGGAAAGUACAAAUAUUUAUAUGUGGAUGAAACAACGUACAAAAUGGUGCAUAAACUACGCAAUCGUGAUGUCUGUCAGUCUUCUCCUCGCUCAAAUCAAAUGCAGAGUAGAUUAACUAAAACUUUCAUGGGAAAUAUUGGUCACUCUACUCCUAAACAUAAUAAAAUACUUCGGCAGAGAAAUGUUCUUAGUCAACGUUCAGUUUUGGUUAAUAUGAGUAAUGUGGGGCAGGAUUCCACGAUACGACUUAAUCAGGUAGAAGGAGGAACAUCGGAUAACAUCUCCGCUACAUUUAAUAAUUUAAACAUUUCGAAAUCUCAAAUAAAGCUGCAUAAUAUAAUCGACGGAUAUAUAUUUUCGCACACCUUUGGAAAGAAGAGCGGCGUCUCAUUGUACGCCGUAAAAAAGUCAUUGAGGGAAGAACAACCUUAUAACUCUUACAGAACUUUAAAACAAGUAUCACGCUACAUUGCUUUUAGCAUUAAAACUGGCAAGUUUCAACAAAUAACUGGCCAGGGCGCGGCUGGAACGUUCCGAUUGAAUCGCAGUGUACAUAAUGGGCAUUUGGAGGCAUUGAGAAGACUUCGGAAAGUUUCGUUACAGUCCCAUACAAUACAACGGCAAAAGUCCAACAGGCAAGCUAAACAUAAUACAGUACUAUGAUUAGACCUCCAAAAUAAUAGUUCGUAUAUAUAAUACAGGGUUUAACAAAACAACUAAUAAUAACUUUGUUCAACAAAAUAAUUAAUUAUGUUGUUUUCCAAGUAAAACGCAACGGUUAGUUAAAAUCACAAUAUUAAAGCACUUGCAGAUUUUAUUAUAUUUAUUUCUUGCUUAACGGAGCUAUUUAUGAAACAAAUAAAUAUUUCGGAGCCUAUUAAAUUGAAAAACUAAUUAAAUAAAUAUAAAAUCCAU